GGAUUUAUAUACGAAACUACAUGUCGAAAAAUGACACGACAGAUCGUUAAAACCACGAACCGGCAAGUCGGGUCAAGGAAGAAGUUGCGUGUAGCGAGUCGCGAUUGUGAAUUCGCCUCUCGAAAAUUUCACGGCCAAAGCCCUGAAUCCUCUCCUACAAGACUGCAACCUCAUCAUGUCGACAUUCAAGUUCCAGCUUGAACUUCAAUUCUUCGGUCCCACAUUGAUUCUUCGCGCUUAAGCAAAUUAAGCUGGUUUACGAGACACCGAUUCAUUCAUACACGGGUUUCUACUGAUUUUUCUUCAGAUUUAUUGCUAUUAUUUCUCUUCAAUUGAAGAUGAAGAUCAACAUCGAUAGGGAGGCGCGGAAAGUUGCCGUUGAUAAUCGAAUUCCCCUCCGAAAUUACUUCCGGAUCGCCGAUAAUCUCUUAAAACAGGCUAAUAUCUAUCGGGAAGAGAAUAAUGUUGUGGAUUUGUUCAUUAUACUUCUUAGGUUUUCAAGCUUGGUUUCUGAAACUAUACCACGGCAUCGUGAUUAUCAAGCUUUUUUCCCAAAGGAGAAGAUAUACUAUAAGAAGAAACUACUGAAUGUAGUGGAUGAACUUGAGUCCCUGAAGCCUGAAUUUGAUCGCCGAGUAAAUGAACUGGAGAAAGUGUAUGGACGACCUCGUCUUCCUCUACCUGAUGAGCAGGGAAGUGUUUCAAACAGUUUGCGGCCUUCUCCUAAGGAACAGCCAUAUGCGAAUGGAAAUUAUUCGUUAAUGUUGGAUCAAAAGCAGCAUGUGAAUUCACGUCCCCAAUCUUCAUGGAGGUAUAGUGAUGACCGAGGCCAAGUUUCACAAUCAAGUUCCUUAAGGCUUGAGAAUAAGUUCUCAACAAUGUCUCUUAAUGUACCGCUUCCCAAACCCGAAACUUUAUCUAGACAUUCUAUUUUGGGACCCAGUGGUCUUCAGGGCCAAUGGAAGGGGCCAAGUACAGAUAAGAUUCAAUAUCCAAGAAAUCAGGACUUUACUCCUGAAGAUUCAAGACUGAAUCAAAGUGAACAUUGUGAUCUAGUGGCACACAAAGAUAGUGGUUCAGGCGGUGUUAUGUCAAUGAUGGAGUCAGUGCUCUCACUAGAUGAUGGUAGAUGGCCUAAUCCCGCAGACAUGUCUACUCCUCCAUUGAUAACAGAAGUAAGGGAGGAUCCUUUCCCAUUGGUCAAACAACCUUCUCCUCCUCCGGUGCUUGCUAAGGUUCAGCAGGAGUAUGCAACAAUUCCCCCAUCUAAAGUUGCAGAUCCAAGGCCUGGAGUGGCAAGGCAAUCACAGGAUGAGUCUGAAUCGUUUCAACGUUUACACAUUCCAGUAAAAAUGCUUGAUGAUUUCUUGAGAUUGGCUCGGGAAAACACAAAUAAGAACCUGGAAACUUGUGGUGUUUUAGCUGGCUCUCUGAAAAACAGGAUUUUUUACAUAUCUACGCUCAUAAUCCCAAAACAAGAAUCAACAUCAGAUUCCUGUCAGACGUUGAACGAAGAGGAAAUAUUUGAAGUUCAAGACAGAUUAUCACUUUUCCCUCUUGGUUGGAUCCAUACACACCCAUCACAAACCUGUUUCAUGUCGUCUGUGGAUUUGCACACGCAUUACUCGUACCAGAUUAUGCUACCAGAAGCAAUUGCAAUUGUCAUGGCUCCAACCGAUACGUCAAGUCCAUAUGGAAUAUUUCAUCUAUCCGAUCCAGGCGGUGUAUCAGUCAUCCGAAACUGCCAACAGCGCGGAUUUCAUCCCCACGAGGAGCCUGACGAUGGGAGUCCACUCUAUGAACACUGCUCUCAUGUUAUGAUGAAUCCAAAUGCAAAGUUUGACGUUAUCGAUCUAAGGUAAGUGUUCGAUUGUUGACUAUUUAAGGGGAACUUGUAUAGCACCCUGGAAAUAGAUAAAAAAAAAAAAAAAAAAAAAAGACACUUAACACUUCAACAACCGCUAUGUAAAUUUUGUAAUUUGCAAAUCCAAUUGAGUUACUGCCAUUGUUGCGAGACUUCGGGCGGUGGCUAUAAUAAAGCCUUUUGUUGUGCCGAAGUUCUCUAUGAUUAAGGUUUCUCUUUGUUGAAAGAAUAGCUUCAAGUUAUAUAAUGUACAUGAUAACUUCAUUUCUUUUUCA